CCAGCGGGCUCGAGCUGUGACCAGCGGCGGCGCGCCCCGCUGGGCUCCCGGACACUUGCCCGGUUCCUGAGCGCUCCUGGGCAUCGGCUGUGCGGCUGACACUCCGAAGCCAGGACUCCCCACGCCUCUUGCGACGCGCGCGCGGACCAGGUCCCUGAGGGACACGGCACUUGGGGCCCGCCGCACGACUGGCUGGAGAUCUAAGGGAACAGAAAACAUUCAAACUGGAUUUUUAAAUCAUUGUACAUUAACAAUAAGCCACAAGUCGAAAAAUGCGAUCCUGAACAAAAUGCUUCAAGCGACUGAGGAAAGAAAGCUGACCUGCGGGUUUGAAACACUGGUCUAAAACGAACCCUUCUUGUAGGAAAUUACAACUGGAAAGUUUUGUUUGACUCUUUAUAUACCCAAAUAAAAGGAACUGUCAAUGUGUUUCUCACCACAACCAGGAUUAUGUGAGAUUAUCUGUUAUCUUGACAUGCUCACCAGGGAAGGGAACACUGGAGAGUAACUGAAGGACACCAGUCAAGAUGACUUCCGAAGAAAUGGCAGCUUCUGUCCUCAUCCCUGUGACUCAGAGGAAAGUGUCUUCGGCCCAGUCGCCAGUGGCAGAGAACAAGAGUGAAGAUGUCUUGGAUGCCCGUACUCCAAAGGCAUGUGCUGCCAGGCACAGUGAUCAGAUCCCUUGUACCAUCUCACAGUGGAACAAACCUGAGGCCGAGCCUUCUAGAAGUGAUUUGUCCCAGGUACUCCCAAUAGCAAGUGAGGAAGUAAUGAGUGAUGAGGACCACAAUGAAAAGGGCUGGGAGCAAAACCUGCCAAAUUCUGUGAACAACCACGCCAUUAACCACAACAGCUUAUUGCAAAGCCACCAGCGUGACCUUCCUCGGAGCCAGCUUUAUGUAGCCUGUGACUCUGUCAGAGGAGAGGACUUGUGUUUGCAAACUGGAAUUUCUUCUCCACUGGAAAGGAAGGUGUUCCCUGGAAUCCAACUGGAAAUGGAUGAUCCUCCUAUGGAUGUAAGACCUUUGGGAAAUGAGCCUGGCAUCCCAGGGACCAGCGGACCUCACCCUGACAGCAACAUGGCAGUAUUUCAUUUCCGUUAUGAAGCUGCCAGAAGCAUGUCAGACACUUUCCAUACCCUGUCAGAAAAAUUAAUUUUGGAUGACUGUGCAAACUGUGUGACUCUUCCCAGGGGGCAGCAGAAGAAAAAUUGCAUGGCGCAUACUUGUAAACUAUUGGAACUGACCAAAAACUGUGGCAGUAAGAACGGGCAACUGCAGUGUGAUCAUUGCAGCUCGAUGCAUGACAAAUACCUGUGCUUUGAAAGCUCCUGCCAGCAGGCUGAUGAUGUGGUCUGCUCAAGUGGUGGCUUUUGCAGGGAGAGCUUUGCUCACAGUCCACCUGCCAAGACUUUUCUUAGCCCUUUGGAGGACUUCUCUGACAACUGUGAAGACGGAGACGAGUUUUCUAAAAGCAAAAAGGAACGGUCCACUUUGCUAGUCAGAAGGUUUUGUAAAAAUGACAGGGAAGUGAAGAAGUCUGUGUAUACUGGGACUAGAGCAAUCAUGAGAACCCUGCCUUCUGGCCAUAUUGGGCCAGCUGCUUGGAACCAUGUUGAUCAGAGGAGAGCAAGGCUCUUGGGACCUUGUGGGGAUGUAAUAGAACCUCUGUCAACAAUGGAUGCAAGGCCACGUGGUAGCCAUCAUCUGUCUGAAGCCCAGUGGUGUCUGAUCUACAGUGCAGUGAGAAGAGGAGAAGAAACAGAAGAUACGGUUGGAUCUCUUCUCCAUUGCUCCAGACAGCUCCCAACCUCCGAGACAGCCUGUGGAAGGAUUAGAGCCGGUCCAUGCUUAGAGCAAUGUGUACGAGACACCGAAUGUGAGUACCGGGCCACCCUCCAAAGGACAUCCAUAGCUCAGUACAUCACUGGUUCUCUCCUGGAGGCAACCACCUCUUUAGGAGCAAGAAGCAGCCUUCUCAGUACCUUCGGAGGAUCCACUGGACGAAUAAUGCUGAAAGAACGCCAACUGGGCACCUCUAUGGCCAAUUCCAAUACUGUUCCUUCAAGUUCAGCUGGGAUCAGCAAGGAGCUGAUUGAUCUCCAGCCCCUCAUUCAGUUCCCAGAGGAAGUGGCCAGCAUCCUGACAGAGCAGGAGCAGAACAUUUACCGGAGGGUCCUGCCCAUGGACUACCUUUGUUUCUUAACCCGGGACUUGAGUUCCCCUGAAUGCCAGAGUUCCCUGCCCCAUCUCAAAGCGUCCAUCUCAGCAUCAAUCCUCACUUCUCAGAAUGGAGAGCACAAUGCCCUUGAAGACCUUGUGAUGAGAUUUAAUGAGGUGAGCUCCUGGGUGACAUGGCUGAUCCUCACAGCAGGCUCCAUGGAGGAAAAGCGAGAAGUCUUUUCAUAUUUGGUGCAUGUGGCCAAAUGCUGCUGGAACAUGGGUAACUACAACGCUGUCAUGGAGUUCCUGGCUGGCCUCAGGUCAAGGAAAGUCCUAAAGAUGUGGCAGUUCAUGGAUCAGUCUGACAUUGAGACCAUGCGGAGCCUGAAGGAUGCCAUGGCUCAGCACGAGUCCUCCCUGGAAUACAAGAAGGUGGUGACUCGGGCCCUGCAUAUCCCUGGCUGCAAGGUGGUUCCCUUCUGUGGCGUGUUCCUGAAGGAGCUCUGUGAGGUGCUUGAUGGUGCCUCUGGCCUGCUGAAGCUCUGCCCACGGUACAGCUCCCAAGAAGCAGCUCUGGAGUUUGUGGCUGAUUACAGUGGACAAGAUAAUUUCUUACAACGAGUGGGACAGAAUGGCUUGAAGAACACAGAGAAGGAGUCCACGGUCAACAGCAUCUUUCAGAUCAUCCGGAGCUGCAGUCGAAGCUUGGAGAUGGAGGAGGAGGACAGCUCCAGUGAAGGGACAGGCUCCAGGAAAAACUCCUUGAAGGAUAAAACCCGAUGGCAGUUUAUAAUUGGAGAUCUGCUGGAUUCCGAAAAUGACAUCUUUGAGAAGUCCAAAGAAUGUGACCUUCAUGGAUCAGAGGAGUCGCAGAAGGCCUUUGACCACGGGACAGAGCUCAUCCCAUGGUACGUGCUGUCCAUCCAAGCCGACGUGCACCAGUUCCUCCUGCAGGGGGCCACAGUCGUCCACUAUGACCAGGACACGCAUCUCUCUGCCCGUUGCUUCCUCCAGUUGCAGCCUGACAAUAGCACCCUGACCUGGAUAAAGCCCCCCACCGCCUCCCCAGCUGCUGCCAGACCCAAGCUUGGUAUGCUUAGUAAUAUGUCUGAACCCGGCAAGUUCCCAUCACUGGGCAGUGCUGGGCUGAGUGGCCUGGCCGAGGGUAUCCUGGAUCUGUUUUCGGUGAAGGCUGUGUACAUGGGACACCCAGGCAUUGAUAUACACACUGUGUGUGUGCAGAACAAACUGAGUAGCCUGCUUCUCUCCGAGACUGGGGUAACACUGCUCUAUGGACUUCAGACCACAGACAAUAGACUCUUGCACUUUGUGGCACCAAAGCACACAGCUAAAAUGAUUUUCAGUGGAUUGCUGGAACUCACGACAGCUGUGAGAAAGAUAAGGAAGUUCCCUGACCAAAGACAGCAGUGGCUUCGGAAACAGUAUGUCAGCCUCUAUCAGGAGGAUGGUCGGUAUGAAGGCCCAACCUUGGCUCAUGCUGUGGAAUUGUUUGGUGGCAGACGAUGGAGUGCUAGAAACCCCAGCCCUGGAAUGUCAGCAAAGAAUGCUGAGAAGCCCGGCAUGCAGAGAAACAACACCCUGGGCAUAAGCACCACCAAGAAAAAGAAGAAAAUGCUCAUGAGGGGAGAGAGUGGAGAGGCAACUGACGAUGAAAUGGUGACCCGAAAAGCCAAAAUGUACAGAGAGUGUCGAAGCCGGAGCGGUUCUGAUCCUCAGGACAUUAACGAACAAGAGGAGUCGGAAGCCAGUGUCAUCACCAACCCUCCCAACCCCCUCCAUUCCAGAAGAGCUCACUCUUUGACCACGGCUGGGUCCCCCAACUUGGCUACCGGGAUGUCAUCUCCCAUCAGGCCAGUCUCCUCCCCUGUGCUGUCUUCUUCAAACAAGAGUCCCUCCAGUGCCUGGAGCAGCAGCAGCUGGCAUGGGCGGAUCAAAGGAGGGAUGAAGGGCUUCCAGAGCUUCAUGGUUUCAGACAGUAACAUGAGUUUCAUUGAAUUUGUCGAGCUGUUCAAAUCAUUCAGCGUAAGGAGCCGCAAGGACCUGAAGGACAUCUUUGACAUAUACUCUGUGCCCUGCAAUCGGUCUGCCUCUGAGUCAGCCCCCCUGUACACCAACCUGACCAUUGAAGAAAACACCAGUGACCUUCAGCCUGACCUAGAUUUGCUGACCAGAAACGUCUCAGACUUGGGGCUGUUCAUUAAGAGUAAACAGCAGCUUUCUGACAACCAGAGGCAGAUAUCUGAUGCUAUUGCUGCAGCCAGUAUUGUGACUAAUGGCACUGGAAUUGAGAGCACAUCCCUGGGCAUAUUCGGGGUUGGUAUACUCCAGCUCAAUGACUUCCUGGUGAAUUGCCAAGGAGAACACUGCACGUAUGAUGAAAUUCUCAGCAUCAUCCAGAAAUUCGAGCCUAGCGUCAGUAUGUGUCAUCAGGGCCUAAUGUCGUUUGAAGGGUUUGCAAGGUUUCUGAUGGAUAAAGAUAAUUUCGCCUCAAAAAAUGAUGAGUCGCAAGAGAACAAGAAGGAACUGCAGCUCCCCCUCUCCUACUACUACAUUGAGUCUUCACACAAUACCUACCUCACAGGCCAUCAGCUCAAGGGAGAGUCCUCCGUGGAGCUGUACAGCCAGGUCCUCUUGCAAGGAUGCAGGAGCAUAGAGCUGGACUGCUGGGAUGGAGAUGAUGGCAUGCCCAUUAUUUAUCAUGGACAUACACUGACGACCAAGAUCCCCUUCAAGGAAGUAGUGGAAGCAAUUGAUCGAAGUGCCUUCAUCACCUCUGACCUGCCAAUCAUCAUAUCCAUUGAGAACCACUGUUCAUUGCCUCAGCAACGAAAAAUGGCAGAGAUUUUCAAGAGCGUGUUUGGAGAAAAGCUGGUGGCUAAAUUCUUAUUCGAGACCGAUUUCUCAGAUGACCCAAUGCUUCCCUCACCUGACCAACUCAGGAAGAAAGUGCUUCUUAAAAACAAGAAGCUAAAGGCCCAUCAGACGCCAGUCGACAUCCUGAAACAAAAGGCUCAUCAGUUAGCAUCCAUGCAAGCACAGGCUUUCACUGGUGGGAGUGCCAACCCCCCACCUGCCAGUAACGAGGAAGAGGAAGAUGAAGAGGAUGAAUAUGAUUAUGAUUAUGAAUCCCUUUCGGAUGACAAUAUCCUGGAAGACAAACCUGAAAACAAAUCAUGUGCUGAUAAGCUUCAGUUUGAGUACAAUGAAGAAAUCCCCAAGAGGAUCAAGAAAGCGGAUAGCUCUUCUUGCAAUAAGGGAAAGGUGUAUGACAUGGAACUGGGGGAGGAGUUUUACCUCCCUCAGAACAAAAAGGAAAGCAGACAGAUUGCACCAGAGCUCUCUGACCUCAUCAUCUACUGCCAGGCAGUAAAAUUUCCAGGCCUGUCAACUCUAAAUUCAUCUGGCUCUAGCAGAGGGAAAGAAAGGAAAAGCAGGAAGUCCAUUUUUGGCAACAAUCCUGGCAGAAUGAGCCCAGGGGAGACAGCAUCCUUCAACAGAACAUCUGGAAAAAGUUCUUAUGAAGGAAUUCGGCAAACCUGGGAGGAAUCGUGUUCUCCACUCAGCCCAAGCACAUCCCUCAGCGCUAUCAUUAGAACUCCCAAAUGCUACCAUAUCUCCUCACUGAAUGAAAACGCCGCCAAACGUCUGUGUCGCAGGUAUUCUCAGAAACUGAUCCAGCACACCGCUUGUCAGCUACUGAGGACCUACCCGGCAGCGACCCGAAUCGACUCAUCCAAUCCCAACCCCCUCAUGUUCUGGCUCCAUGGGAUACAGCUUGUAGCCCUCAACUACCAGACGGAUGAUCUUCCUUUACAUUUAAAUGCUGCAAUGUUUGAGGCAAAUGGUGGCUGUGGUUAUGUUUUGAAGCCCCCUGUCCUGUGGGAUAAAAGCUGUCCCAUGUACCAGAAGUUUUCUCCACUGGAAAGAGACCUAGACAACAUGGACCCUGCCAUCUAUUCUUUAACUAUCAUCUCUGGCCAAAAUGUGUGCCCCAGUAACAGCACCGGAAGUCCGUGCAUUGAGGUUGAUGUCUUGGGCAUGCCCCUGGACAGCUGCCAUUUCCGCACAAAGCCCAUCCAUCGAAACACUCUGAACCCCAUGUGGAAUGAGCAGUUUCUCUUCCGGGUUCACUUUGAAGAUCUAGUAUUUCUUCGUUUUGCAGUUGUGGAAAACAACAGUUCGGCAAUAAUGGCUCAGAGAAUCAUUCCACUCAAAGCUUUAAAACGAGGUUAUCGACAUCUUCAGCUGCGGAACCUCCACAAUGAAAUAUUGGAAAUCUCUAGCCUAUUCAUAAAUAGCAGAAGGAUGGAAGAAAAUCCCUCUGGCAGUACGAUGCCAGCCUCUUUGAUGUUUAAUACUGAAGAGAGGAAGUGUUCUCAGACUCACAGAGUCACGGUGCAUGGUGUUCCAGGUCCAGAGCCCUUUGCUGUCUUCACUAUAAAUGGAGGCACCAAGGCAAAGCAGCUUCUCCAACAGAUUCUGGUGAUUGACCAAGACACCAAACUUAGUGCCACAGACUACUUUCUGAUGGAAGAGAAGUAUUUUAUAUCUAAGGAAAAGAAUGAGUGCAAGAAACCACCAUUCCAGCGAGCUGUGGGUCCUGAAGAAGAUAUUGUACAGAUUUUAAACAGCUGGUUUCCAGAAGAAGGCUAUGUAGGCAGGAUUGUCUUAAAGCCCCAGAAGGAAACCCUAGAAGAGAAAAGCAUUGUCCAAGAUGACAAAGAGGUGAUCUUGAGCUCGGAGGAGGAGAGUUUCUUUGUCCAAGUUCAUGAUGUCUCUCCAGAGCAACCCCGAACUGUCAUCAAAGCCCCCCGGGUCAGCACUGCACAGGAUGUCAUUCAGCAGACCUUAUGCAAAGCCAAAUAUUCCUACAGCAUCCUGAACAACCCCAACCCAGGUGACUAUGUGCUCUUGGAAGAGGUGAUGAAAGACGCACCCAAUAAGAAGUCUUCUACUCCAAAGUCCUCACAGAGGAUCCUUUUGGACCAAGAGUGUGUAUUUCAAGCCCAAAGCAAGUGGAAAGGUGCAGGGAAAUUCAUCCUGAAGCUAAAGGAGCAGGUUCAGGCAUCACGAGAAGAUAAAAGGAGGGGCAUCUCCUUUGCAAGUGAACUCAAGAAACUCACUAAGUCCACUAAGCAGCCCCGAGGACUCACAUCACCUCCUCAGCUUGUGGCCUCAGAAGGUGUUCAAAUCAAGGAGGAGAAGCCUGUGGGUGCCUUGACCUCCAGUGACACAGCAGCUUACCAGCAGUGACUGAGGCAGCAUGUUUGACCCAGCUAUAUAGUAAGGUGAAGAUCCUUGGCGAGAUGCUCUGACCUCGGUGAGAUGCUCUGAAGAAUGAGCGUGGUAGAAAGAAAUGUACUUUACUUCCAUCACAUUUAAACUGGAAACUGGUGAUUUCUGAACUCCUGCUCUCUUCACAUCUGACGUGAGGCACAUGCAGAGGAGGACAAGCAAAAUGGCACACAUAGGACUGCCAACCAACUUCCUGAGGAAUGAAGCAGGGACACCCAGGGCAUCGCACAAUGUUACAGGUGGAAAAGCCAGGCCUUAAGCUUAAGGCAACAAGCUUCAUCUGCAAAGGGCCAGGCAGUACAGGCUGUACAGUCGGGCCGUAUGGCUUCUGUUGGCAUGGCUCAGCUCUGCCACUGGAGUGCAAAUGCAGCUGCCAAAAUAGGUACAAGAAUGAACAUGACUGAACAAUAAAAUCUUAUUUAUGGACACGUAAAUUGGAAUUUCAUAUCAUUUUCACAUAUCAUAAACCUUUCAAGUGUUCCAACCACUUAAAAUUGUAAAAUCUAUUCUUAGUUUCAGGGUCAUACAAAAACACAUGAAUUUGACCCAAAGACCAGCUUGCUGACUCAACUUGGAGAACUGGGAACCAGAGGCACAGAGGUUGGAAAACCUUGAAAACUGGUCAUAGGUUGAAUGAGAAGUGGAAGUCUGGGGGCUUUGGAAAUGUAAAUAUGUCCUGUAAGGUCUGUUAACAGUUACUCAAAUUAGUUCCUAUAUGUGUACCAUGGUGCACUUACUUUAGGAUGCCUUUUUGCAAACAGAAAUGUUCUUUUUUUUCAAAAGCUAUUAUUCAUAUGCCCACAGAUCGUUCCAAUUUCAGUUCUCACAAAAUGAAUUUAGAAUGAUGUACAAAUUAGUAUCUACUGAGUUGUGAUGUCUUAAUAAGAAGCCUCAUCAUUUUUUAAAAGCAAAAGCAGACUGAGUUGAUGUUUAAGGUAGAUUUAUUUAUUUUGCAAUGUUGGUACUGACACUGUACUUGUGUAUUUAUUAGACAUAGCUUUCUUGAUAUUGCUAUGGGUUACAAGCAUUAGUGGUUCAAUCUAUUUCAAGACAUCCUAAAAAUAAAACAUUUGAACAUGA